CAAAAUAAUCGAUAAUUUGUUCGUGCACUUCCGACAAUUUUUCAGUACUGGUGUGGAGUUUAUUCCGAAAUAUUUAAGUGUAAUUUGCUGAAACGCAAUUCAACUCUUUUGGGUAUAAAUAUCUGCACAAAACGUUUAGCUUCUAGCUCUGCGAUAAUUAUUUAAUUCUGAAAAAGAAUAUAUAGAAACUGGUGACGAGUAUUCGUUGUCAAGUUUUUUAAGAAUAACUUUUCAGGUUUUCUUGAUUCCUAAAAGUUGCAAAUAAUGGCUAAUAAUAAUUAUGCCGGUUUUAGUUAUGGCGGAACUCAAUAUGGUGCAGGAGGUGCCGGAUACAAUCCAGGGCAGGUAUCUUAUCCAGCUGUAACAAACGCUACCUAUGCUAACGCUGCUGCGUAUCAAUCUGCUGCUGCUGCUGGUCAAGGUGGUUAUGCAGCUGCUGGCGCUUCAGGAGCGGGCGGCUAUGCAGGUUACGGCGACUAUGGUCGCGCACUUCCUGCAUAUGACGCAUCGAAAACAUUUUAUCAGCAAGCGUCAGCAAGCUACAACACGGCACCAGCAGCUACAGUUAGUAAAACACAUUAUUCGGCUCCACCCGUAAAAAAUAUAAACGCUGGUUCCAAAGCCGCUGGUGUUAAAGAUAAAACAAAUGGAGCUGCUAAAACAGUAGCCACUCCAGCAGCUACCACUGCUACGGCUGUUAAUGCGUACAGCAAUUACGAGUCGGCUCUUUAUAGUGCAGCUUCAAUGUAUGUUGCUCAACAGCAACACCAGCCUGGCGCUGUUAAACCGAAUGCUAAUGGUGCCUCUGCCAAUAGUUGGCAGUAUAGAGCUCCAAAGGGCGCUGCAGGUGGUGGUGCAAAUGUAGCACGUCCACGCACCAAACCACCGCCACGGCCGCAACAAUUGCAUUAUUGUGAGGUAUGCAAGAUCUCAUGUGCGGGACCUCAAACUUAUCGUGAGCACUUGGAAGGUCAAAAGCACAAAAAGCGAGAGGCAUCUUUGAAAAUGCAGGCCACUGCACAGUCUGCAGCUCAAAAUCGUGGUAAUAAUUACCACUGUGAGCUUUGUGAUGUUACAUGCACUGGUACUGACGCCUAUGCUGCUCAUGUACGUGGCGCAAAGCAUCAAAAAGUGGUUAAGCUUCAUCAGAAACUUGGCAAACCAAUACCCCCAGAUGAGCCAAAGAAGUUAUCAAAAAUCAAUUUUGUCCCAGCCAGUGGUUCUACUGAAAAUACAGAGAACGUUGAAGGCGAAAAUACUAGUGUCAACGACAACGAUAACAUAGAUGAUAAUGCUGCAUCCGGAGAAAACACUGAUAAUAUUAAACCAGUUGGUGGCGAGUAUAUUGAAGAAAUUAAGGAUGAUGAAGGGAAGAUCCUAAGCUUCAAUUGUAAACUAUGUGAUUGCAAAUUUAACGAUCCCAAUGCCAAAGAGAUGCACAUGAAAGGACGAAGACAUCGCUUACAGUAUAAACGGAAGGUCCAACCGGAUUUGGUAGUCGACUUUAAGCCCACUCCACGUCAAAGACGACUAGCUGAAGCACGUGCCCAACGUGCUCUUAUGCAAUCGCACCGAGGUGGUAAUGUUGGUUUCGGUGAUGAACAUGAGAGUAGUGGCGGAAUGUAUUGGGAUGAACAACGUCGCCGGGCGCAGUACGAUGACGAAUACGAUUACAGCAACUGGUUAGCUCGUAGCUUUGCUGGUGCUCAACGUGGAUUUGGUGGUCGCAUGGGUAAUGGUCCACCACCCUUCUUCGGAAUGAUGCCUGGUGGGGGUGGAAGUAUACGUCGUCCUGAGAGUACUGAUGAUCGUCAUGCAAUUGCUCGUCAUGCAGAGAUUUAUCCCAAAGAGGAAGAAUUGCAAACUAUACAACGCAUCGUAUCACAUACUGAACGUGCUCUUAAAUUUGUAUCGGAUAAACUUGCCGAGAAUGCAGAUGAAAAGGGUCCAGCUAAUAAAAAAGAAAAACUUGAGAAUGCUCAGGUAAAGGACGGACGCGAUAAUCAAAUGUUAUCAUUCCAAAAAGAGGCUGAUAGCGGAAACGUACGCAUUCUUAAGGGCGUAAUGAGAGUCGGAUUUUUGGCCAAAGGUCUUUUAUUACAGGGGGAUAAUGCAGUUGAAUUAGUGGUUUUAUGUUCUGAAAAACCAACAGUUGGAUUACUAAAACGUGUGGCCGUUGAAUUGCCAUCUAAAUUAAAGGAAGUGGCAGGAGAAAACCCAGUUGAAUAUACGGUUGAAGUUGUAGCUCAAGACUCAGCUGUCAUUGUGCGAGACGAUGUAGUGUCCGUUAAGAUUUCACUUACUUCGCCCCUAUUGCGCGAAGCUACGCAGGAAGCCAAAAAUGAUGCUAACGUUAACGGAGGAACAGGAGAUCUUGCACUACUGCCGCGCGAACCGUGUCUAAAGGCUUUAGCUGAAUUGCGACACGCCAAAUGGUUCCAAGCACGCGCGACCGGGCUUCAAUCCUGUGUAAUGGUAAUACGUAUAUUACGUGACCUUUGUCAACGAAUCCAGUCGUGGCAGGCAUUACCACAGUGGUCCCUAGAAUUGUUGGUUGAAAAAGUGAUCUCAUCAGCUGGUUUCCCAAUAUCUCCAGGUGAUUGUCUUCGUCGUAUAAUGGAGGCUUUGGCUUCUGGUUUUCUUAUUAACGGACCGGGACUCUUAGACCCAUGUGAAAAGGAAGCUCAAGAUGCUUUGCAUGAUUUGACUAAGCAGCAGCGCGAAGAUCUAACCGUUUCGGCACAAUUGUUUUUGCGUUACAUUGCAUUCAGGCAAAUUUACAAAGUCCUUGGAAUGGAUCAGUUACCGGCAUUGAAAUUUCCUAUCCGACCAUGGCGCUUAAACCGCAAACGCCGCCGUUCUUCUGGUAAAGGUGGUCCGGGUGGUGAAACAGAUAUGGCUGAAGGUGAAGAAAGCUGUACCGAUGAGAAAAUAUCUAAAAAAGAUAUCACCGCUUAAUCUCAUAAUAAUACAAAUACUGCGUUUGUAGUUUUAAAUUUCAAAUGAACGUCUCUCACAUAUUAAAAUAUAUAAAUGUUUAUCGGUGGAUACAUUGGAAACAACCGCUUCAUCCACAUAAAA